AUGAAUCGUGACUUGACUUCUCUUCCCUCAUCCCUUUCUUUUCCAGCCUCCAGGUUAUUUGAAGGCAAAAAUGUGCACGUGCCUCUGUUGAUCGUCUUGGAGUCGUACAUGAGGGUCGCCAGCGUGCAGCAGGUUGGUUGGUCACUUCUCUGCAAACUGAUAGAAAUCUACCCGGAUACAAUGCAAACCUUAAUGGGACCCCAGGAUGUUGGACAUGAUUGGGAAGUUCUUGGGGUUCAUCAACUAAUUCUUAAGAUGCUAACAGUUCAUAAUGCCAGUGUCAACUUGUCAGUUAUUGGACUGAAGGUCUUAGAUCACCUCCUCACUUCAGGUAAAAUCACUUUGCUGAUAUUGGAUGAAGAAAGUGAUAUUUUCCUGUUAAUUUUCGAUGCCAUGCGCACAUUUUCAGCCAAUGAUGAAGUCCAGAAACUUGGCUGCAAAGCUUUACGUGUGCUGUUUGAGACAGUUUCAGAUGAGCAGCUGACAGAAUUUGUUGAGAAUAAAGACUAUAUGGUAUUGCUAAAUGCAUUAAAACAUUUUAAAGAUGAAGAGGAAAUUGUGCUUCAUGUCCUGUACUGUUUACAUUCCCUGGCAAUUCCUUGCAAUAAUGUUGAAGUCCUCAUGAGCGGCAAUGUCAGGUGUUACAAUAUUGUGGUAGAAGUCAUGGAAGCAUUCCCUAUUCAUGAAAAAAUUCAAGAAGUGAGUUGCUGCUUGCUCCACAGGCUUACAUUAGGUAAUUUUUUCAAUAUCCUGGUAUUAAAUGAGGUGCAUGAGUUUGUGGUGACCGCCGUACAACGGUAUCCGAAGAAUGCCACGUUACAGAUCGCAGCCCUCAGCUGUUUAGCACUCCUCACUGAGACCAUUUUCUUGAAUCAAGACUUAGAGGAGAAGAGUGAGAAUCAGAAUGACGAGGAAGAAGAGGAUAAAUUGUUUUGGCUGGAAGCGUGUUACAAAGCGCUAACAUGGCACAGAAAAAACAGGCACGUGCAGGAGGCUGCGUGCUGGGCUCUGAACAAUCUCCUGAUGUACCAGAAAGGUUUACACGAGAAGAUUGGAGAUGAAGAUGGCCAGUUCCCAGCUCAUAGGGAAGUGAUGCUGUCUAUGCUGAUGCACUCCUCGUCCAUAGAGGUCUUCCAGGCAUCCGCAAACGCGUUGUCCACUCUCCUGGAACAGAACGGGAGACUUUCUAGAAAUGCAAUGGGUGAGGAGUUCAUUGGAAAUCCUGGGAUUCAGAAAUGUGGAUUGAGAGUACUGUCUUCUAUAGCGCAUUUCCCUGAUGCGCGGGAGGCGUUACCCCUGGAAGGAGCUAUGGAUUUGGUGCUGCACACGCUGCAGAUGUAUCCGGAUGACCAAGAAAUUCAGUGUCUGGGUUUGAGUCUUAUAGGAUGUUUGGUUACAAAGAAGAAUUUACAUGUAGGAACUGGACAUCUGGUGGCAAAAAUUCUGGUUUCCAGUUUACAGCGAUUUAAGGAUAUUGCUGAAGUACAGAUUAAAGGAUUUCAGACAAUAUUGGCAAUACUGGAAUUGUCAGUGUCUUUUUCUGAGCUGCUGGUGCAUCAUUCCUUUGACUCAGUGAUAUUCCAUCAGAUGGCUUCCAGCAUCAUGGAACAAAAGGCUCAACAGUUUCUACACCUUUGUUGCAAGUGCUUCGCAAAAUUAGCUAUCGAUGAUGAGUUAAAAUGUGUGAUGCUAGAGAGAGCAUGUGAUCAGAAUAACAGCAUCAUGGUGGAAUGCCUGCUUCUGUUGGGAGCGGAUGCCAACAGAACAAAGGAAGGAACUUCUUUAAUUUGUCAGGUAUGUGAGAAAGCGAGCAGUCCCAAACUGGUGCAACUGCUCUUAAAUAGCGGGUCCCGUGAGCAAGAUGUUCGGAAAGCGCUGGCGAUUAGUGCCGGGAAAGGUGACAGCGCCAUCGUCAGCUUACUCCUACGGAGGCUUGCCCUGGAUCUGGCCAAUAACAGCAUUUGCCUAGGAGGAUUUGGCUUAGGAAAAAUCGACCCUGCUUGGCUUGGUCCUUUAUUUCCGGAAAAGACAUGUAAUUUCAGAAAAGAAACGAAUAUCGGAUCCACCCUCGCAAGAAUGGUGCUCAGGCAUCAGAGGGAGAGUGACGUGGGGGAGGGGGCAGUCUCAGGCAGCGACGGGAACCUGUCCGAAGUCCUUGAUAAACUUGAUGAAUGGACCUUCAUUCCUGAGUCUUACGUGGACAGUGUGUUUGGUCAAAGUGAUGACCUGGACAGUGAAGGAAGCGAAGGCUCAUUUCUUGUGAAAAAGAAGUCAAAUUCAAUUAAUGUAGGAGAAUUUUACCGAGAUGCUGCUUUGCAGCGCUGCUCGCCAAAUUUGCAAAGGCAUUCCAAUUCACUGGGACCCAUUUUUGAUCAUGAAGAUUUACUGAAGCGAAAAAGAAAAAUACUGUCUUCAGAUGAUUCACUCAGGUCAUCAAAACUUCAACCCCACAUGAGGCAUUCAGACAGCAUUUCUUCCCUGGCUUCUGAGAGAGAAUAUAUUACAUCAUUAGACCUUUCAGCAAAUGAGCUAAGAGAUGUUGAUGCCCUAAGUCAGAAAUGCUGUAUAAGUGGUCAUUUGGAGCAUCUUGAAAAGCUGGAGCUUCACCAGAACGCACUCACGGCCUUUCCGCAGCGACUAUGUGAAAUUCUGAAGUGUUUGACACAUUUGGACCUGCACAGUAAUAAAUUUACAUCAUUUCCGCCUUACUUGCUGAAAAUGAAUUGUAUUGCCAACCUUGAUGUUUCUCGAAAUGACAUUGGCCCCUCGGUAGUUUUGGAUCCUGGGGUGAAGUGCUUGACCUUGAAGCAGUUUAACCUGUCCUAUAAUCAGCUGUCAUCUUUCCCCGAGAACCUGGGCGAUGCGGCAGAGACGCUGGAACAGCUGACUUUGGAAGGAAAUAAAAUACCAGGAAUUUGUUCCCCCUUGAGCCUGAAGGAGCUGAAGAUUUUAAAUCUUAGUAAAAACCACAUUUCUUCCCUAUCAGAGGACUUUCUUGAGGCAUGUCCUAAACUGGAGAGUUUCAGCGCCAGAAUGAAUUUCCUUGCUUCUAUGCCUUUUUUGCCUCCUUCCAUGACAAGCCUAAAAUUAUCUCAAAACAGAUUUACAAAUGUUCCAGAAGCAAUUUUAAAUCUCCCACACUUGCGGUCCUUAGAUAUGAGCGGCAAUGAUAUUCAGUAUCUGCCGGGUCCUGCGCACUGGAAGUCUUUGAACUUGAGGGAACUCCUCUUUAGUCAUAAUCAGAUCAGCGUCUUGGACUUGAGUGAAAAAGCGUUUGCAUGGUCUAGAGUAGAGAAGCUUCAUCUUUCUCAUAAUAAACUGAAAGAGAUUCCUCCUGAGAUUGGCUGUCUUGAAAAUCUGACAUCUCUUGAUGUCAGUUGCAACACGGAACUGAGAUCCUUUCCCAACGAAAUGGGGAAGUUAAGCAAAAUAUGGGAUCUUCCUUUGGAUGAACUGCGUCUUAAUUUUGAUUUUAAACAUAUAGGAUGUAAAGCUAAAGACGUCAUAAGGUUCCUUCAGCAGAGGUUAAAAAAGGCAGUACCCUAUAACCGUAUGAAACUUAUGAUUGUGGGAAAUACUGGGAGUGGGAAAACCACCUUAUUGCAGCAAUUAAUGAAAACCAAGAAAUCCGAUGCUGGGAUGCAGAGCGCUACCGUUGGCAUAGACGUGAAAGACUGGCCUGUCCAGAUAAGAGGCAAAGGAAAGAGGGACCUCAUUCUAAAUGUGUGGGAUUUUGCAGGGCGCGAGGAGUUCUACAGCACUCACCCCCACUUCAUGAGCCAGCGGGCCCUGUACCUGGCUGUCUAUGACCUCAGCAAAGGGCAGGCCGAAGUGGACGCCAUGAAGCCCUGGCUCUUCAAUAUAAAGGCGCGAGCUUCGUCCUCCCCCGUGAUUCUUGUCGGCACCCACUUGGACGUCUCGGAUGAGAAGCAGCGGAAGGCCUGCAUCGGCAAGACCACGAGGGAGCUCCUCAACAAGAGGGGCUUUCCUGCAAUACGGAAUUACCAUUUCGUAAAUGCCACGGAGGAAUCGGACGCUUUGGCCAAACUUCGGAAAACCAUCAUCAACGAGAGCCUUAAUUUCAAGAUCCGAGAUCAGCCUGUUGUGGGGCAGCUGAUUCCAGACUGCUAUGUAGAACUUGAGAAAAUCAUUUUAUCGGAGCGUAAAAAUGUGCCAAUUGAAUUUCCUGUAAUUGACCGGAAACGAUUAUUACAGCUGGUGAAAGAAAAUCAGCUGCAGUUGGAUGAAAACGAGCUUCCUCAUGCAGUUCACUUCCUAAAUGAAUCAGGGGUCCUUCUUCAUUUUCAAGACCCAGCACUGCAGUUAAGUGACUUAUAUUUUGUGGAACCCAAGUGGCUUUGUAAAGUCAUGGCCCAGAUUUUGACAGUGAAAGUGGAAGGUUAUCCAAAACACCCUAAAGGAAUUAUUUCACGGAGAGAUGUGGAAAAAUUUCUUUCCAAGAAAAAGAGAUUUCCAAAGAACUACAUGUCACAGUAUUUUAAACUUCUAGAAAAAUUCCAGAUUGCCUUGCCAAUAGGAGAAGAAUGUUUGCUGGUUCCAAGCAGUUUGUCUGACCAUAGGCCAGUGAUAGAGCUUCCCCAUUGUGAGAACUCUGAAAUUAUCAUUCGACUAUACGAAAUGCCUUAUUUUCCAAUGGGAUUUUGGUCGAGAUUAAUCAAUCGAUUGCUUGAAAUUUCACCUUACAUGCUUUCAGGAAGAGAGCGAGUACUUCGCCCAAACAGAAUGUACUGGCGACAGGGCAUCUACUUGAACUGGUCUCCUGAAGCUUAUUGUCUGGUGGGAUCUGAAGUCUUAGAUGAUCAUCCAGAGAGUUUCUUAAAAAUUACAGUUCCUUCUUGUAGAAAAGGUUGCAUCCUUUUGGGCCAAGUUGUGGACCACAUUGAUUCUCUCAUGGAGGAAUGGUUUCCUGGACUACUGGAGAUCGAUAUUUGUGGUGAAGGAGAAACUCUGUUGAAGAAGUGGGCAUUAUAUAGUUUUAAUGAUGGUGAAGAGUGCCGAAAAAUCUUGCUUGAUGACUUGAUGAGGAAGGCAGAGGAAGGAGACCUCCUGGUAAAUCCAGACCGGCCGAGGCUCACCGUUCCUAUAUCUCAGAUCGCUCCUGACUUGAUCUUGGCUGACCUGCCUAGAAAUAUUAUGUUGAAUGAUGAUGAACUGGAAUUUGAACAAGCUCCGGAGUUUCUCCUAGGUGAUGGCAGUUUUGGAUCUGUUUAUCGAGCAGCCUAUGAAGGAGAAGAAGUGGCUGUGAAGAUUUUUAAUAAGCAUACAUCACUUAGACUGUUGCGACAAGAGCUGGUGGUGCUGUGCCAUCUCCACCACCCCAGCCUGGUGUCUCUGCUGGCCGCCGGGAUUCGCCCUCGCAUGCUGGUGAUGGAGCUGGCCUCCAAGGGUUCCCUGGAUCGCCUGCUUCAGCACGACAAGGCCAGUCUCACCAGAACCCUGCAGCACAGGAUCGCGCUGCAUGUGGCUGAUGGUUUGAGAUACCUCCACUCAGCCAUGAUCAUAUACCGCGACUUAAAGCCCCACAACGUGCUGCUUUUCACCCUGUAUCCGAAUGCCGCCAUCAUCGCAAAGAUUGCUGACUAUGGGAUUGCCCAGUACUGCUGUAGAAUGGGGAUAAAAACGUCGGAGGGCACGCCAGGGUUUCGUGCACCUGAAGUUGCCAGAGGAAAUGUUAUUUAUAACCAACAGGCUGAUGUUUAUUCAUUCGGUUUACUACUGUAUGACAUUUUGACAACUGGAAGUAGAAUAGCAGAGGGUUUGAAAUUUCCAAAUGAGUUUGAUGAAUUGGCAAUACAAGGAAAAUUGCCUGAUCCAGUUAAAGAAUAUGGUUGUGCCCCAUGGCCUACGGUUGAGAAGUUAAUUAAAAAGUGUCUGAAAGAGAAUCCUCAAGAAAGGCCUACUUCUGCCCAGGUCUUUGACAUUUUGAAUUCUGCUGAGUUAAUCUGUCUGAUGAGACAUAUAUCAAUACCCAAAAACAAUAUUGUUGAAUGCAUGGUCGCUACAAACCAUAGCAGCAAGAAUGCGCGCAUCUGGCUGGGCUGCGGGUUCCCUGACAAAGGACAGCUCUCGUUUCUUGACUUAAAUACUGAAAAAUACACUUCCGAGGAAGUUGCUGAUAGUAGAAUACUGUGCCUAGCUUUGGUGCACCUUCCUGCUGAGACGGAGAGCUGGAUCGUGUCUGGGACACAGUCUGGCACCCUCCUGGUCAUCAGUACUGAAGAUGGGAAGAGGAGACACACCCUUGAGAAGAUGAGUGACUCCAUCACCUGCUUGUAUUACAGUUCCUUUUCCAAGCAAAGCAAGCAAAGGCAUUUUCUUUUGGUGGGCACUGCUGAUGGUAACUUAGCAAUUUUUCAAGAUAAAGCUGUUAAGUGUAAAGGGGCUGCUCCUCUGAGGAUCCUGAAUAUAGGUGAUGUCAGCACUCCACUGAUGUGUCUGAGUGAAUCCAUGCAUUCAAACGAAAAAAACAUCAUGUGGGGAGGAUGCGGUACAAAACUUUUCUCAUUUACUGAUGAUUUCACCAUUCAGAAACUGAUUGAGACCAGGACAAACCAGUUGUUCUCUUAUGCAGCUUUCAGUGAUUCCAACAUCAUAGCCGUGGUGGUAGACACAGCUCUCUACGUCGCGAAGAAGAAUAGCCCAUUUGUGGAAGUGCGGGAUAAGAAAACUGAAAAGCUCUGCGAACUAAUAGACUGUGUGCACUUUUUAAAGGAGGAAAGAGUAAAAGGAAACAAAGAAUCAAAACACAAAAUGUCUUAUUCUGGGAGAGUGAAAACUCUCUGCCUCCAGAAGAACACCGCUCUCUGGAUAGGAACUGGAGGAGGCCAUAUCUUACUGCUGGAUCUUUCAACUCGUCGGAUUAUUCGUAUAAUUCACAAUUUAUGCGAUUCUGUUAGAGUCAUGAUGACAGCACAGUUAGGUAGCCUUAAAAAUGUCAUGCUGGUUUUGGGGUAUAACCGGAAAAGUACUGAAGGUCCACAACACCAAAAAGAGAUAGAGUUUUGCUUGUCUGUUUGGGACCUCAAUCUUCCACAUGAAGUGCAAAAUUUAGAAAAACAUAUUGAAGUAAGGAAAGAAUUAGCUGAAAAAAUGAGAGGAAUAUCUGCUGAAUAGGAGGGAUAUUGGAAACCUGUGCUCUUGGGGAAAUUAUUGUCCUUAUCUUGUAAAUAUUUCCUUUAAAAAUGUGUAAUAUAGAAAGGAUAUUCCCACCUUUUGAACUAGCUCAUGUGAAUAUGAAGGAAUGUUUAUAUGUUUUAUUUUAAAUAUAAAUAUGUGUAAAAAUAGUUACCAAAAAGUAUGUUUUAAAGAACUCUUUAAAAUAUGACAUAUCCAAUAUAUCCUAAUUAAUUUUGUGUAUUAAGUAAUGAAAGGAUAUCUAAGAAAGUGCAUCAAGGCAGUUUCUCAUUGUAAAAUUUACUCAUUGUAAAAUUUAUGAAUACAUAACUUUUUGCUUUGUUACCCAUAAUGAAGGUAAAACUUUCUUUUAAAUUCCGUUCUUAAGACAGGACUGUGGCUUGAUUACUUUCUAGAUAUUCUGCAAAGUAGACUAAAAGUACUAGGAUAGUUUCCCAUAUAAUACAUUCCUUCUUAGACUGCUUUUAAAUGCAGUUAUCAUAUAUGCUUGUAAGCUGUAGGUGAAUUUGGACUAAUAAAGCCCCUCCCUGGGACCUGAGUCUUCUCAGUUGCCGAUACAAACCAUCCGUCUCCACAGCUUCACUCAGUCUAAAAGAAACACCAUGAAAAGUGCAGAUGACGACAUAUGUAUUGUCCAAGUCCUCAUAUCCAGGAAAGACACAGUCACUCUCUCUUUCCCUGUUUGGCAGCUCUUUCUUUGAAUGUGGAUACCCUGAAAUUUGUAUAAUUGGUACAGAUACAAUGUUCAGUCCUUCAAGUGAUAUUCUCGUGUUUCAAUCUGUUUUCAGUGGUAAGCCCGACCACUGGUCACUUCUUCCUGCUCUGAUUCGCUCUAGUGCUUUGACUCAUCUUCCUACAUUUGUGACUCUGCAAAUCCCCUAUCACUCGGGAAGAAACCCUACUUCCAGAAUUAUAGAAUUCCACAACUCCCACCAAGACCAUAGGGAGAGGUACGUUCACACUCAGGUCUGCUGAAGAAAAAAGGAGCUUUAGGCUCUGCUGGGUAAACGAUACCUGCUAACGCAGUCUUCCUAAUUAUGCCUAAAUUGUUUAAAUAUCGUCCUGUGGUAGGAGUAUCAAUGUCAAGUAACCUAGGUAGCAAUUUGAGUGUUAUUUCUGCUUUAAGGGAACUCCUUUGGCCCUGGCCAAUACUCAUCAUUUCGAACAAUUCCCUGUGAUGAAUAACUAAUCCAUUUACUAUUCUCAGGACUGACUGGUGUUUUACUAUAUGGACAUUCAACAUUUCUUUAUAUUAAGGGACAAAUCAAAUUUCUGACCCUGAAAGAGUCUCCACAUUUCAAAAGGACCUAAUCUUUAAUUUGUCAUAUAGUUUAACAAAAAGCAGAAAUGAGGUGGCUAUUUGUUUCUCAUUGUUACUUUGUAUUUAUAUGCACUUUUUUACAGAUAAUUAUGGAGAAAUAUGUAAAUGAACAUUGUAUCCAAAUAAAGAAUAAACAUUUUUAAAGCAUGUUUAUUAAUUUUUAAA